GUUAGUGCUUUUCAGUAAGUUCAGUAAAUUGAAGUGUAGGAUCUGGGAAAACAAAAUUCAAUUAUCUCCGUGAGAAACUAAGUAGGUACCUUUACAGUGCAAAGGUAUUUAUGGUUACAAUUUUAAAUCUCUGUGCACGUGAUUAAAGCAGCAUCAGUUUUUCGUAGUCUCGUUGAAGGUUAGAGCAGUAGGUACUUAUUGUCGGCUGUACAACGAGGUGAAUUUUGUGAAUGCAGUAGAAAAGGUUUUCAAAAUAGAAAGGUGACAAGGAAAACCAGUAAAAUGGUGGAAGUCCAUAUUGGAACCAAGACAGACAAGAGGCGCAGCGUAAAAGACAUUAUCAGCGUAAUAUGGAAGGAAACCUCAGUCGAGCCCAUUGUUGUAUUCUUUACGUUGCCAUUUUAUAUGUCGACUCUGGCAAUUCAGAAUUUAAGUCUAGAAAAAUCAUGUAGAGUCAAUCUUGAUUUAAAUGCGUCUAUUUGUGACGCUCUACAAGAGAGGAAUACUUCAGGGUAUACAGAAAGCGAGGAAGUGGCGGUCCAGAAGGUAGUCGCGAUCGCAUCUAUUUGGAAGAAUGUUAUAAACGGCAUUUUUCCUGCUAUUUUGUUACUGUUGUUAGGAUCCUGGAGCGAUCGCAAUAGGCUUAGGAACGUAUUAAUCCUCAUUCCAAUUCUGGGAGAAGUUGUUGCAAAUGUUGGCUUCCUAUUAUGCACUUACUUCUUCGAUGAACUACCGAUGGAAGUGAAUACCGUAUUUGAAGUUCUUCCUACGUCAGUAACGGGGGGUUUUAAUAUGGCAUUUCUUGGCGUAUUUACUUACAUCUCAACGAACACCAGCCCUAUAAACAGAACGUUUAGGAUGGGCAUUAUUCAAACUUUGUUUUCUAUAUGUGUGGCAAUUGGAAACGCGAUUAGCGGAAUAAUGUAUCACGCAAUUGGAUUUUAUGGAGUAUUUGGAGUGUCGCUGCUAAUGUACAUACUCAACGGAUUCUAUGUAUAUUACCUGCUACCAGAUGAUGCGCGCGAUAAAGAAAAAUCACUUAGCAAAUGCGAACUCUUCAAAGAUGUGUGGAAUAUUAAAGACACGUUGAAGAGUUUUAACUUCGUUAAGAAGGCUGCUAGCAGCGCUCGAACGCGACAAAUAUGGGCGAUACUGAUGUUAGAAAUUUUAAUUCUCGGACCCACUGUAGGAAUGAUGGCGGUGCUGUAUUUAUAUACUAGGCUGGCAUUUAAUUGGGAUGAGAUUGAUUAUAGCAUAUUCAGCGGCUACUUUUCUGUGGCACAUCUAGUUGGAAACUUUGGUGCUAUUGCGAUAUUUUCGAAAUGGUUACGAUUUGAUGACUCGAUUAUUGGCACUAUGUCAAGCAUAAGCAAAAUAGUAGGAGGAAUUGGAUACACUCUAGCUAAAACAGCCGUUUGGUUUUAUAUAAGUACACUGCUGGAUGCAGUCAAUGGGGCGGCGAUCGUUGCGUCCCGAUCUAUGGCCACAAAACUUGUUUCAGAACACGAUUUGGGUAAAGUCAAUUCGUUGUUCGGAAUUGUCGAUUCUCUGGCCGCGUUGAUAUACGGCCCUAUGUAUAGUGCAGUCUAUGAAGCCACAAUUGACGUACUUCCGACAGCGUUUAAUAUUGUGGGUGUUGGUCUUACUAUACCUGCAGUACUACUAUACGUGUGGUUGUACGUAGGAAGAAACGUUCGAUUAACAGAGAAAGCAUAGAAUAUGGACUUCUGUGUUCCCAGAGUUACAAUAUACUAACAAUCUCACAUUAUAGUGCAAUGCCAGUAAGGUUAGUCACUAGUUCAAUUGGACAGUAAGGACAAUUAAAUUCGUCGUUGCUGUAAUGCUUGCUUUAGCAAAGUGACUAAUAACAAGUGCGCUAUUAAAUAUUAUUUAUUAUUACAUUAUUAAUUUAACAAUAAAAGUAAGCAUUCGAUUGUUUAAUAAAAUUAUUAUUAUUCAAUGGUACAUUGAAAACGUCACAUAUGGAGAAGUUAUGGAAAAUGUAACCUGCAAAACUGUUUUUCAUGUAUAAAAUAUGUAGCGAUUCUAAAUUUGUGUAACUUUUGCGUGUUAAAUUAUUUGCUUCUUUUGUUUAAAGUUUAGAACGAGGUUUAGAAGUUUUAGCUUUGCGGAUUCUGUUCUUAUCGAUUGUUAUGUUUCUUUAGAAGUGUAACUUCUUUUUAAUUUUAAUUGUCCAUAAGUUCGAUUAUAUUAUUUAUAUGUUUUCUAUCGUCAUUUUUAUAUGCAGCACAGAUGCAAUAGAUUAAGAAAAUUCUUGCAGCAAAAUCAUUGCCCAAUGUGUGUCCAAGAUAAGGAUGUGUAUCAUGGGGAUUUCGGAAACCGUAGAAGAUACGGUCAAAUUAGAAGUUUUUCGCUCAUAUCUAGUAAACUGUGGA